AUGAACCCCGAUGCAAGUUUGAUUAUUGCGCUCGUAGAGCGGUGGCGACCCGAGACGUCGACCUUCCAUCUACCGUUUGGUGAGAUCACGAUCACGUUAGAGGACGUUGUUACACUGUCCGGUCUGGCGAUCGACGGUGAUGCCGUCGUAGUUGAUAUGUCGGAUGAGGAGUGGUCGGCGAUCUGUUUGAGACUGUUAGGACGGGUUCCGGCUGAUCUUUCAGGCGGUGUCGGUGUCGUUAGGAUUGUUUGGCUGAGGGAUGAAUUCAGUCAUCUGCCGGAAAAUGCAUCACAGGAGGUUAUAGAGCAGUUUGCACGAGCUUAUGCUCUAUCUCUGAUGGGAGGUGUACUUUUCCCGGAUCGGUCUGGAUCUAUGGUGCACCUACAGUCGACUUUGCACAUUUCGCAUACCGGCACUUCUCUAGUCGGUGACCUUGGUGGAUGGGUCGCCCUACUGCAGUUCUGGGCGUGGGAGCGAUUCCCACAUCUGGCACCUCGACAUUCAGAGACGAGGGCACAGAAUUCCGAGGAUGCAUCCCCACGUGGUCUUCGAUGGCUUUCGGCCAACAGUCGUCAGUAUGGUGACCAGCUAUUUCAGUACAAGCUGUGGUUUGACGCGAUGGACACCGUGGUG